AUGUCGGCCGCGCCGCGCCACCCGCACUUCUACACGGUCGAGGUUGGCGACACACGCUUCACCAUACUCAAGCGUUACCAAAACCUGAAACCUAUCGGAUCCGGCGCCCAGGGAAUAGUAUGCGCGGCAUACGACACGGUGACACAACAGAACGUUGCAAUCAAGAAGCUCUCACGGCCUUUCCAGAAUGUCACGCACGCGAAACGUGCGUACCGCGAGUUUAAGCUUAUGAAACUCGUCAAUCAUAAAAAUAUAAUCGGUCUUCUAAACGCCUUCACGCCACAGAAGAGCUUGGAGGAGUUCCAGGAUGUGUACUUGGUGAUGGAGCUGAUGGACGCGAACCUGUGCCAGGUGAUCCAGAUGGACCUAGAUCACGAGCGGAUGAGCUAUCUGCUCUAUCAGAUGCUGUGCGGUAUCAAGCACUUGCAUCUUGCUGGGAUUAUACACAGGGACCUGAAGCCGUCCAACAUAGUGGUGAAGAGCGACUGCACGCUGAAGAUCCUGGACUUCGGUCUGGCGCGCACCGCCGGCACCACCUUCAUGAUGACGCCCUACGUCGUCACCAGAUACUACCGGGCGCCCGAGGUGAUCCUGGGCAUGGGCUACACCGAGAACGUGGACAUCUGGUCGGUGGGCUGCAUCAUGGGCGAGAUGAUCCGCGGCGGCGUGCUGUUCCCCGGCACCGACCACAUCGACCAGUGGAACAAGAUCAUUGAGCAACUGGGCACGCCGUCGGCCGCGUUCAUGGCACGGCUGCAGCCCACCGUGCGCAACUACGUGGAGAACCGGCCGCGCUACGCCGGCUACAGCUUCGAGCGCCUCUUCCCCGACAUCCUGUUCCCGUCCGACUCCAGCGAGCACAACCGCCUCAAGGCCUCGCAGGCGCGCGACCUGCUCUCGCGCAUGCUGGUGGUGGACCCCGAGCGCCGCAUCAGCGUGGACGAGGCGCUGCUGCACCCCUACAUCAACGUGUGGUACGACGAGGGCGAGGUCAACGCGCCCGCGCCCGCCUCCUACGACCACUCCGUGGACGAGCGCGAGCACACCGUGGACCAGUGGAAGCAGCUCAUCUACCACGAGGUGGUGGAGUACGCGGCGCCCGCGCCCGCGCCCGCGCCGCCGCCGGCCGCGCCCGACCACGCGCCCGCGCUCGCCACA